ACUCCUUUCCUGUGUCGUAGAGCUGGGUGAAAAUGGCUGAAGUGGAUUUCGGGGAUAGUGAGCUCUUUGAGCAGCUCGAUGACUCCGCGCCGACGGCCCCGACGCACAUUCGCUUCUCAAGCGACGAUGGAGACCAGGAGGAGAAGAACCAGGUCCUGCUGGAUACGUCUGACGACUCCUUCCAGAGACUCGUGGAAGAGAAUAAAGAUUUGAGAAGACAACUGAACAUCCUGACACCACCAUGUGGCAUCACAGUUGAAGAUGUGAACACCGACGGGCCUGCUCUUCAAAUCUUUUAUGCCAACAACGUUAUUUCAAAGCUGUGUCGUCAAGAGAUUGAAGAUUGCAUCUGGAAUGUGCUUUUAAAGCACCACAAACCGGGCAAUGAAAAGAGCAGCUCCAGCUUUCAAGUGAAACCUCAGAAUUCAGCAUUUGCUGUGGAUGAAGAUCUGCAGAAGUCCUCCUCCACAACUGAAGCCUUCAAAGUGGUGGGAAGUGUGCUGUAUUUCACCACAUUCAGUAUUGAUAAACUCGGACAGCCUCUGGUGAACGAAAACCCCCAGUUGACAGAUGGUUGGGACAUUCCAGCCUAUCAGCAGACAUUCAACCAAGUUGUUGGCACAGAUGGACUGGAAGUAGAGAUGAAAGACAGAAGACCCAAAUCAAUGUGUUUCAACUGUGGUUUGAGUGGUCAUCAGCUGAGAGACUGUCCCAAGCCUAAGGACAUGGCUGUGAUAAAUGAGAGAAGAAAGGAGUUCAACCAGAACAGCAACCAGGCCAUGCAGAGUAACCAGCGGUACCAUGCUGAUGAGGUGGAGGAGAGGUUUGCUAAGUACAAGCCAGGAAUAAUGAGUGAGGAGCUGUUGAGAGCCAUGGGACUUGAUAGCAACACCCUCCCUCCUCUGAUUUAUCGCAUGAGGCAGCUAGGCUACCCACCAGGUUGGCUCAAAGAGGCAGAGACCGAGAACUCUGGCUUGGCAAUGUAUGAUGGAAAGGAUUCAGUUGAAGGUAAUUUAGCAGAGAAUACCAAUUCACAGAGCCUCUCUUAUGAUGUUUCCAAGCUGGUUGACUUCCCAGGCUUCAAUGUACCUGCCUCACACCAAAUGAAAGAUGAGUUCAUGCUGUAUGGUUCAAUUCCAAUGCAGACCAACCACUUCAAACAAAACUAUGCAGCCUACCUUUCCAAAAACUUCCCCAAGGCCGGUGAUGCCACCUGCAGCAAGAGGCGGCAUGAGUCUGAGUCAUCUCCACACCAAAGGAAGAAGACCCGGUUCAGCCCUGACAGGAACUCCAAUAGGAGCUCAGACAUGGACAUUGAAUCGGACCCAGGAACGCCAUAUAAUCACAGCGCAGGUGAUUUCCAGUUCCAACCUCCGCUACCCCCUGGCUCCCCUUGCUUCAGUUCACCACCUCCUCUACCCCGAGGUACUCCUCCUGCUACACCCACUCCCCCACCUCUCCCUAAAGGUACACCUCCUCCCACCCCGACUAAUGGCUCCCCAGCUCUGCGUGGGCAUAAAUGGGUUGUCCUCGAUGACACUGCAGACGAAACAGAGGAUGAAUUGACAUUGGAAGAACUGGAGGAGCAGCAGAGGCUGAUCUGGGCAGCUCUCGAAAAUGCUGACACUGCCAGUAAUAGUGACUGUGAGACGCCUGCAGCGAGAACACGUGUACCAAGUGUGUCUUCACCUGCUCAUGUCUGCACCAAAACCAAAGGAGAUGUGAUGGACACAACAAAGCCUGCAGAUAUCUGCCACGGCAGUAAAAAUCCAAGGGAUCGAGAAGGAAGCUCUCGCAGUCCGAAACUAAUCAAAACCCAAGAUGUCAGCCCUCAGAGUCCUGGUCCAGUCGAAGCCCAAGAUGUCAGCCCUCAGAGUCCUGGUCCAGUCGAAACCCAAGAUGUCAGCCCUCAGAGUCCUGGUCCAGUCGAAGCCCAAGAUGUCAGCCCUCAGAGUCCUGGUCCAGUCGAAACCCAAGAUGUCAGCCCUCAGAGUCCUGGUCCAGUCGAAGCCCAAGAUGUCAGCCCUCAGAGUCCUGGUCCAGUCGAAACCCAAGAUGUCAGCCCUCAGAGUCCUGGUCCAGUCGAAGCCCAAGAUGUCAGCCCUCAGAGUCCUGGUCCAGUCGAAACCCAAGAUGUAAGCCCUCAGAGUCCUGGUCCAGUCGAAACCCAAGAUGUAAGCCCUCAGAGUCCUGGUCCAGUCGAAGCCCAAGAUGUCAGCCCUCAGAGUCCUGGUCCAGUCGAAGCCCAAGAUGUUAGACUCCAAAUUCCUGGUCCAGUCAAAUGCGUUGAAGACAAGCUGCAGAGCUCUGAUGUGCGUUUGUCCAAUGACGAGAAAGUAGUCGCUGUUCCUCAUCGGAGCAAGUUUGCAGCUGGCAUUGUUCCAUUUGAAGAUACACCAGAGUUCACUGAGGUUGCUGAAGCUACAGGGACAUACCUAAAGAUCAGAGACUUGCUUAAAAGUUCCCCCCGAAGUUUGGGGAAGAAAAAAUAAAACAUACAUGGACAUUUUAAAAAAAAAAAAAAAAAAAAAAGAAUGGACACGUGGACAUUUUUAUGACCGUCCUAUCUAGCAUCAUUUUAGCGGUUUCUCAUUGUUUUACCAAGUUGAAUGUGCUUUGUAUAUACACAUUUUAUCUGUUACCUACCACAACAAUGUAGGCAUUUAGGGAUGCUACAACAGUGAUAGUUUAUCUGUUUUGACCAACUAGACCUUUUUUUAAAUUCUUUUUUUGAAGCAGUUAUGAUACCCAUGCUAUUCUUUAGGUAUAAAACUCGCCAUUCCCUGACCUAUUGAUGUAUAAAUAUCGUUUUCUAUUUUUGUCUCACUCAAAAGUAAAAAUGCUUUCCCAUGCUUUGCUGAAUUUCUUAGUUUUACAACCAUGGAUCAAUGUGGGUGAUUUAUUUUUUUAAUGUAAGUUGGAAGCACAGAUGCUAAUCUGAGUUUACGGUGUAUACUUGAUUGUUGGCUAUUUAUCAGAACCCCUUACAUUACAAUUGCUUGCUUUUUUC